UUGUUGACAGUUUAUCUAUUUUUAAACUUUAUUUUCCUCAUAUUUCCCUUGACUCGUCAAUAAAAUAUAAAAAUAAAAUGGACGACAUUAUAUUUAUUGGAGAUUGGGUGAAAGAUAGAGUUUUGGGAUCGGGCAGUUUUGGCACAGUGGUACUUUGGCGGCAUAAAAAUAAUGAACAGAAACUCGCGAUCAAAACUUGUAAAUGGGGCGAUGAGCUCACAGCCAAACACAGAGAGCGAUGGACAAAGGAAGUGGAAAUGUUGCAGCAGUGCAGGCACCCAAACAUCGUCAGUACAAAGGAAUUGCCUCCAGAAUUCGUCGUUGGCCUAGUGCGAGCGAAUCCGUCGAAACUUCCUAUUCUCUGCAUGGAGUACUGUAGCGGCGGGGAUCUCCGGCAAGUACUCAACAAACCCGACUCGUGCGGAGGACUGAAAGAGCCCCAGGUUCGUAAAAUACUCGGUGAUAUCGGUAACGCAAUGAGCUUUCUGCACAAAAACAAAAUUACCCACCGCGAUUUAAAACCUGAGAAUAUUGUCCUUCACACACCGGAAGGCCCGGAUGAGAAGAGUGGCAGAGUCACCUACAAAAUCAUAGACCUUGGAUAUGCUAAAGAGUUAGACUCUCACUCUAUUUGUGCUAGUUUUGUUGGUACCCUGCAAUAUUUGGCACCUGAGCUAUUUUACAGUGAAUCCUACAGUAAUUCAGUGGAUUUCUGGUCCUUUGGUCUUCUAGCUUUUGAAAUUAUCUGUGGUGUGAGACCCUUUUUGCCAUUUAAGGCACCAGUUGAGUGGAUGCCAUUAGUGAAAAAGAAAACUCAUGAUCAUAUUUGCAUCUAUGAAACAUUUCAUGGAGAUAUUGAAUAUUCAAAUUGCUUAUUUCCUGAAAAUCAUAUUUCUAAACCCUUGAAGGCGCACUUAGAGGAAUGGCUAAAAAUCGCUUUGGAGUGGGAGCCGAGACUGCGAGGAAGAAUGCCUGGAACUAAGUCGAGUACAAGCAAAGUUACUUUUAAUAUACCCUCAGAGGAGAAAGCUGUCCCCAACAAUAUUGUCAUGUUUGAUCAAUUAGAAAAAAUGUUAGCCACUAAAAUUAUCAAGAUUUUUAGUGUCUCCACUGUAUCUCAACUGGCAUAUCAGAUAUCAGACUCCACUACUGUGGCAAUUUUAAAGUCAUGGAUAGCGAAAGACAUCAACAUUGAUGUCACUGAUCAAAUUAUAGUCAGUCGUACAUAUCUCAGUGUACCGGACGAAGAUGCUGCUGAAAAAUACUGGCACGAAGACAAUAAUGUUAUGCUGUACUUGUAUAGCAAGGAUAGAUUUAUCAGAGAGAAUUCUAUUCCUAUAGUGCCAAAAGCAGUGCAGCGUUGUCUGGAGCACCACAAGGCAUUAUAUAAUUUUAAGAACAGUCAAAACUUAUACAGGAAUGCAUUGUACUUUGUUAUGACACAGAUGGAAAACUAUGAUAGCCUUAUUAAUGGGAUCUUUGCUAGAUCUGAAUCAUUGAAAAAUGAAAGUAAACAAUUGCUCAUGAAAUUCAAUUCUGUGGACAAAAGCUUAGGAAAGCUACUUGCUAAAAUUGAGACCAUUUCAAAAAUGAUCGAUUUAGGCAAGAACCAUAUUGAGAACUUAAAAGCGAACAGUGUCGGUACAAACUUUUUGGGAGGAUUCUCCAAAAUCUUUAAAAUGUAUGACGACAUGAUUGAUAAAACAACAAAACUUGAGAGUGCAUGGGCGCAGCUGUCCACCAGACUGCAGUCAGCUGCGAGAAGAAGCAAUGAAUCAGUUUCCGGGGACUUGAGUAAAUUUGUUGCAAAAUAUAAUUACCAAGCUAUAUUUACAACAGCCUAUAAAACAUAUUUGUCGCACAAGAAAAGUGAUUUCUACAAUGACAACAAGGAAAAAGAGAAGCAGUGUCCAGAAAUCGUCAAGGUGUGCUACGACUGUCUCAAGUUGAGGGACAGAGUGUUGCAGGAAUUACAGGCUCAGGUGUUUGUACUGAAGCUUAAGGAUUUGAGCAUAGAAUUUUCCAAGAUAUCAGACAUUAUUACCAAUGCCAAUAACACAACUGACAAAUUGGGACAAGAUUUUAUGACCCUAUCUGACGAGUUUUCAACAUGCAUCUGGUCUACUAUAAGUAUUCUAGUAAGCGAUGCUGAAAAUAUGUCUGAACUUCCAUACAGUGUUGUGAAUUUCCAGAAGAAAGAUUUUAAGUUAGAUAACACACCAAAAAGUUUGUAUGAUUCAGUCCAAAGUAAUUUUAGCGAUGGAAUGUUGUCUUCCCUGGUCACAGAAAGUUUAAAUCUACGCCAGACUCAUGUUAAUCUUUGUGAUAAGUUAAAUGCCCAAAAGGAAUUGUUAAAAAAGUCAGUGUAUGAUUUUAGCUUUCUGAAAAAUGAUUCUUGAUUUUAGGCUCUAUUUAGGCAAGAAAAAAAAUCUAUUUCUGUAGUAAUGUAUUAACUGUUAAACUGUUUUAAAA